AUGUCGAGAAAGUCGGAAGUGAACUACACCUUGCGAUUGAAAUUUACCGGGGCGCGAUUUGCAGCCGACUCGUCCGACGACACAUACCCUCGAGAUAGUCGGUAUCAACAACUUGUUUGGCACCUGGAAGAAAACGAGCUGGAACGGCAGGCCGUGCACCACUCUAUCGUGCACACUGCGCUUGUCUUUCACCAUGGCUCCAAGCAAUUCUACAUGGACCUGCAAAUCGAGGUGAAGAUGCAGCGAUGGCACCACCGAUUCCGACAGCACCUGAUCUGUCCACCGCGGAAUCGGAAGGCGUUAACUAGAGCCAAAAUCGAGCCUGCUGGCACAAAAGCAGCAGAUCCGGCUUUUUCGUCGCUGGCUAAAAACCUAAAUCGGGAUCUGAUCAAGGAGAACCUGUAUCCGGUCGUUGAGGUAUCCGACCCAAAGCCGGCCGUUCUGCCCGAUGAUAUUCAGGAGAGCGACAAUGAACCAGAGUCCGAUUCUCUAUCUCUUCUCAUCGAGGCCCAGCUAGCGCUUGCACGACAAUUGACCGGACAAGAACCACGCAGUGCAUUGACGGCACCCAGGAGCAGCCCGAUCAUACCCACGCCGACAGCAGACAGUUCCAGCUCCAGUUCCACUCUAGUUGAUCCCGUGUCCUCGAAUGAGCCUGAUGAUCGGACCGAGAGGAAAACUGACAUACCUGAGGUUGGCGAUCCUGCGUCCUCGGGUUCCAAUGCGGUAAUUGGGAAGGUCAACACGAUCCAGGAAAAUGGCCUGGUCCGACAAUGGCUGUUUGGUAUAAAUGAACCUACCCUUACCAUGUUCCGAAUGUUGAAAAUAUAUCUGCAAACUCGAAUCCAGCUUUCAUCGAAACUCGCAAGCACAGUCGCCCAAGUUGCGACGGAUCAACUCGUCUUUGCCCCCGUCUCCACCGUGGGCCUUUUUACACUGGUUCAAUUGGCCCAGCCGAACUGCGAUAAUGUGACCAGACGAAUAGAGAGAGCUAGGGACCAGGUGGAAUCAACAUUCACUGAUGUCCUUUUGCAGAAUUAUGAGUUAUGGCCUGGUGUCCGGAUGGUCAACUUCUUUGUUUCUCUGCAAUAUCGUCUUUUGGUUUCUAAUACCGUGGCUGUCUUCUGGUCCGCGUAUUUAUCCAUGAAUGCAAAUAAGCCGACGGAGCCGACGGAGCCCUUGAAAAUGGCCAGUUAG